UAUUAAUCUGUGCUGUGCUGUGGCCGUGAGUGUGACGCCGCUGAGUAAAGUGAAGUGGAGUAAAGUCAGGCGUUGAUUAUUUUCUAUUUAUGAAAAUAGUGAUUGUUUUUUUGUAAUUUUAUUGCAACUUCUGGUGCGAUUUGAAUUAUACUUCAUAACUUUAAGUUUAUUAUAACAGAAAAUGUCGCACACAAUUCUGCUAGUUCAGCCGGGCCCUAGGCCAGAAACAAGAACAUAUUCGGACUACGAGAGCGUCAAUGACUGUAUGGAAGGCGUUUGCAAGAUAUAUGAGGAACACUUAAAAAGGCGAAACCCAAAUACGCCUACGAUAACAUACGAUAUAUCUCAGUUGUUCGAUUUUGUUGAUCAGUUGGCUGAUCUCAGUUGUCUAGUAUAUCAAAAGUCAACAAACACUUAUGCACCAUACAAUAAGGAUUGGAUAAAGGAGAAAAUAUAUGUUUUACUACGCCAGGCGGCUGGCCAGAGUGAAUGAUAGCAGUUCACAGAGUUAUCACUUAAGUACUGCCUCACAUCUACUGUAUUAACAUAAAUUGAUUCAGAUAAAAAUGACAACCAAAAAAUAUUUUUGUGUGAGUAUAAAAAGUGAUUACCAAUUAACAUUAUAAUUUAUAGUUUUAUCUCAACCAAUUAGCUAAGAUUCUGUGUGACACGAAGGUGAGUGUUCGAGCCUCUUGGAAUGAUUGAUUUAUAUAUGCCACUGUAAAAAUUGUAAAUACUGUUAGUUCAUAAUCUAUCUUGCUAGAUUGUAAACUGUUGAUAGAUUGUGAACCAUAAAAUACUGCUAACAAUUUAACAUGUUAUUAUUCAGUAGUGUAAGGAUUUUUAUCUAACUUAUCCAUUGUAAUUCUGAACCACUCAAGAUCCUGUUCUUAGGAGUAUGUAUGGAGUUCACAAUAUAUCGACAGUUUAUAAUCUCACGAGAUAGAUAUUUAACUGACAGUAGUUACAAUUUUAUGGUGAAAUGUAUUUUACUUAAACUAAGGUUAAGGAUUUUCCAAGAGUAUUCAGAUAACUAGCUUUAACUAAUAAUGCUGCCUAAGAUUUGCAGUUACUAUAAAUACCUCUAAAAUUGGAAUACUUCAAUUUGGUUUGCAAGUACAGAUGCCCCGUGUUUGUUUACUUACAAUGUACAAUUACCUUACCUUAUUAUGUAAGGUAAAUGUAUAUUUAUCAGAUUUAUGUGCAGAUGUACGCACAAUGAUAUCAAUUUUCAUUAUGAUUUAAGUGAAGUCUCACUUUAGUAUUCUAGACAUUUUGCGUAAAUAUAUUGUACUAAUGACCCAUUGAAACUAUCUAGUUUUUUUAAUAAGGGCUCACAUAAACUAAUCUUGUAUCAAUACAUAUAUUAUCUAUAAUUUUGAACUGGCACAUUGACACAUUUCAUACCUUGUGUGUAUUGUUCUAUGAAAAGUUGCAAGAUAUCAUUUUUGGUCAUGUCUUCAUACACUACACAAGUUGUGUUCGAAUAUGUUGAGAUGGCAUGUGAGUUAUAUUAACUUGUUUUCUUUUUUUUUUAUUAGUUUACUUUGCCAAUACAGUACAUUUUAAGUAUUACCUUAUUUUUGCAUGUGUCACAUUCAAUGAUUCAUGUACAAAAUGUAUUUGAAUGGAUAAAAAUCUUUGGAAGAGAAAAGAUUUAGUUUAUUUUUCAAACAGCAAAUUUGCAAAAUUUGUGCAUUUUUGCCUCUUUUUUUUCACCUUACUUUGUUGAUUCUAUUUAAUAUUAAGUAAAGAUUAAGAAUAAAAAAAACAUUGCUGAUA